GGUGAGCGGACUUAUCGGUGAUAAGUCGGUGGAAAAGUCCGGGAGGACUGCAAAACCGCAUCGAGGAAAGGGAGGAACUCGGAUGGGUCGCCAAACCCUAGACAUUCCCCUACCGCUUUGAAUUCUCGCGCGCGCUGCUUGAUUUCGACGACGCCUCCCUCGAAUUCGUGGUGCCCCUGCUCUCCGCCACUACUCCAGCUCCAAUUCGAUCUCUUUGUCGGACUUCCUCGCCCUGGUUUGAGCUCUGAUCACUGGUAUGUCAUCGCUAAGCCGGGAGCUGGUGUUCCUCAUACUCCAGUUCCUGGAUGAGGAGAAGUUCAAGGAAUCGUUCCACAAGCUAGAGCAGGAAUCGGGGUUUUUCUUUAAUAUGAAAUACUUUGAGGAGAAGGCACAGGCGGGAGAGUGGGAUGAGGUGGAGAAGUAUCUAUCGGGGUUCACUAAGGUUGAUGAUAAUCGGUACUCGAUGAAGAUUUUCUUCGAGAUUAGGAAACAGAAGUAUUUGGAGGCGCUUGACAGGCAUGACAGGGCAACGGCAGUUGAAAUACUAAUAAAGGAUCUCAAGGUUUUCUCGACAUUUAAUGAGGAGUUGUAUAAAGAGAUUACUCAGCUUCUCACCCUUGAAAAUUUUAGGGAAAAUGAACAGUUAUCUAAAUAUGGUGAUACUAAGUCUGCCCGAAGUAUCAUGCUUAUAGAACUGAAGAAGCUAAUUGAAGCAAAUCCUCUCUUUAGGGAGAAGCUAGUUUUUCCUACUCUUAAAGCUUCACGGUUGCGAACUCUGAUUAACCAAAGCUUGAACUGGCAGCAUCAGCUGUGUAAGAAUCCAAGGCCAAAUCCUGACAUCAGGACAUUAUUCACAGACCAUACUUGUGCUCCUCCAAAUGGAGCUCGUGCUUCACCGGUACCUGUUCCGCUUGCAGCUGCACCAAAAGCUGCUGGUACAUAUACACCACUUGGGGCUCAUGGGCCGUUUCCACCUCAGGCAGCUUCAAAUGCUAGUGCUUUAGCUGGUUGGAUGGCUAAUGCUGCUGCUUCAUCCUCUGUCCAGUCUGCUGUCGUUACAGCAUCAUCAAUACCUGUUCCACUGAAUCAAGUUUCUAUCAUGAAACGCCCAAGAACUCCUCCAAAUACCAUCAGCAUGUCAGACUAUCAAAAUGUGGAAUCUGAGCAGCUGAUGAAGCGUCUGCGGCCUGGUUCACAUCCAGUCGAUGAGGUCACAUAUCCUGCUGCUCUUCCACAAGUUACAUGGUCAUUGGAUGACCUGCCAAGAGUUGUAGCUUGCUCCUUGACACAGGGAUCCAAUGUGACUAGCAUGGAUUUUCAUCCUUCUCAUCACACAGUACUUCUUGUGGGAUCUGUAAAUGGUGAAAUCACACUAUGGGAGAUUGGUCUCAGAGAAAAGCUGGUGUCAAAGCAGUUCAGAGUAUGGGAAAUGGCUGCUUGUUCACCGCAAUUCCAGAGUGCCAUUGUCAAAGACUCUUCUAUAUCAAUUACCCGAGUUAUUUGGAGUCCAGAUGGAAAUUUGAUUGGGAUUGCAUUCACGAAACACUUGAUUCAUUUACAUGGAUAUCAGGCACCAAAUGAUCUCUGCCAAGUUAUCGAGAUUGAUGCUCAUGUUGGAGGAGUCAAUGACAUAGCAUUCUCUCAUCCAAGUAAACAACUUUGCGUGGUCACUUGUGGAGAUGAUAAGCUUAUAAAGGUGUGGGAUUUAAAUGGUCAAAGGCUUUUUGUCUUUGAAGGACAUGAGGCACCUGUCUAUUCUAUUUGCCCCCACCGCAAAGAAAAUAUUCAGUUUAUCUUCUCAACUUCCCUUGAUGGAAAAAUAAAAGCAUGGCUGUAUGACAAUAUAGGAUCCAGAGUUGACUAUGAUGCUCCUGGGCGUUGGAGUACCACAAUGCUUUAUAGUGCUGAUGGAAGUCGAUUGUUCUCAUGUGGAACUAGCAAAGAUGGAGACUGUUUUCUUGUUGAGUGGAAUGAAAGUGAAGGAUCCAUAAAGAGGCAAUACACUGGCUUCCGGAAGAAGUCCACUGUUGUUGUGCAGUUUGAUACUGCACAAAAUCAUUUUUUGGCUGCUGGAGAAGAUAAUUUAAUAAAAUUUUGGGAUGUAGACAACAUUAACAUGCUUACAAGCACUGAAGCUGAUGGUGGACUUCCUAGUCGUCCACGAUUGAGAUUUAACAAGGAAGGAAAUCUUCUUGCUGUUACAACUGUAGAUAAUGGCUUUAAGAUACUAGCUAAUGCAGAUGGUCUUAGGAUCUUACGAUCCUUUGGAAGUCGCUCCUUGGAACCAUUUAGAGCUCAACAUGAACCUUCUCCUAUCAAGGUUUCAUGUUCACCUGUGGUGGCAAAUAUCUCACCAAACAUCAGCAUUGUGGACCGUUUGGACAGAAAUUCUCCUGCAAAGCCCUCUAUUAUUCUUAGUGGGGGUGAUCCAACUCCUAGGAAUGUAGAUAAUAAGCCAAAAAUUUCAGAAGAGUUGCAGGAUAAGAUGAAGUCAUGGGAGUUGGCUGAAAUUUUGAAUGCAAAACAAUGCCGAGUUGCUAGCAUGCCAGAUACUGAUUCUGCCUGCAAGGUUGCAAGGCUUCUUUACACAAAUUCUGGUGUUGGCUUAUUAGCUUUGGGGUCUAAUGCUAUUCAGAGACUGUGGAAGUGGAGCCGCAAUGAACAAAACCCCAGUGGCAAGGCCACUGCCAGUGUUGUUCCACAACAUUGGCAACCAAACAGUGGUCUUCUUAUGACUAAUGAUGCAUCAGAUACAAACUCUGAAGAGGCAGUCCCUUGUAUUGCGCUUUCAAAGAAUGAUUCAUAUGUCAUGUCUGCAUGUGGCGGGAAAAUUUCUUUGUUUAAUAUGAUGACAUUUAAGGUAAUGACAACAUUCAUGUCCCCCCCACCAGCUUCGACAUUUUUAGCAUUCCAUCCACAGGACAACAACAUUAUAGCAAUUGGAAUGGAAGAUUCAACCAUCCACAUAUACAAUGUUAGGGUGGAUGAGGUCAAAACAAAACUGAAGGGUCACCAGAAGCGCAUAAGUGGGUUAGCAUUUUCAAACAAUCUUGGUAUCCUUGUAUCUUCAGGUGCUGAUGCACAGCUUUGCAUAUGGAACACGGAGACCUGGGAGAAAAAGAAAUCUCUGGCUAUUCAAUUGCCUACUGGAAAGACACCAGCUAGUGAUACCCGGGUCCAGUUUAAUUCUGAUCAAAGUCGCUUGUUUGUAGUCCAUGAAACACAGCUAGCUAUAUAUGAUACCUCCAACACUGAGCGUAUCCAACAGUGGGUUCCUCAAGAUGCCCUAUCUGCUCCUAUAUCAUAUGCAUCAUACUCGUGCAACAGUCAACUUGUUUAUGCUUCCUUCUGUGAUGGUAAUAUUGGUGUGUUUGAUGCUGACAACUUGCGAUUGCGAUGCCGAAUUGCCCCAUCGGCGUACAUGACUCCUGCUGCUGCAAGCAGCAACCUGCCAGUGUACCCUCUUGUCAUUGCGGUGCAUCCACAAGAGCCAAAUCAGUUUGCUGUUGGUUUGGCAGAUGGAGCAGUUAAAGUAUUCGAGCCUUUGGAGUCUGAAGGAAAAUGGGGAGCUCCUGUACCGGUUGAUAAUGGGGUACAUGGUAGCAGGGCGCAAGCAUCAUCGACUACAAGCAAUUCUGCAGUGGACCAGCUCCAAAGAUGAUUGUUGCAUCACUGUAAAUGUUCUAAUCUUUAGACCAAGAACCCCAUAUUUGUGUUGUACCAAUUGUAGGUUUCAUUUAACUAAUUUCAACUUUUCUUUUAUACCUCUGUAUGUGAUUCCUGAAAGGUAACCAUAAAAAUAGAAUCAAUAAGAAUGGAUGUGUAUGUUUGAUACUA